GACUGACUGUGACACUGCUUAUGAAUAGUUAGAAGAGCUGCAAUGCGUGCAAAACAGGAAUUGUUGUUUGAAAAAUUAAUUGAUGAAGCAUUAAGGAAGGAUGACUUCCAUGCAUUAAAGGAAUUUCAGCAAAAUGAAAACGACAGCUUAUCGCACAGGUGUAGCAAGCAGCUGAUAAAUAAACUGGACAAACUGAUAAACAGGGAACUAGAAAGGAAGGAAAUAAAGUAUGUUUCACUACUGCUGAACUGCCUACACACCUUUGGGAAGAAUAUUACUAUACAGGGAGAAGAUGGACUUAAUACAUUGAUGAAACAAGGACUAGUUCAGAAGAUAAGUAUAUGUAGCAAGUAUUCUUAUUUAUGCAUUAUAUUCUGA